AAAUAAGUCUAGUCAACCGCCCACCGCAGGAGACUGGGGGGGAUGUUCCACCACCAUCCUGGAUUUACAACCAUUUCAAGGAUAUUUGAGCACAAAGACGACAUUUUGGAAACUGUGAUAUUGGAGUAAGCCGACAUCUUGGAAACCUUCACCGCCAACUGACGUUUGAGGCCACAUGAUUGAGCGGCCGUUUUACCUGUGUGGCUGAAGACUCAAGGUGACAAAGAGCAAACAAUGGAUCAAAACUUGUUUGGAGGAGUGCCCAGGUUUCUCACCCGCCCAAAGGCGUUCUCAGUGUGUGCAGGCAAGGAUGCCACACUGAGCUGCACUAUCGUGGGCAGCCCGACUCCACUGAUCACCUGGGAAAAGGACAAGCUCAAACUGACAUCUGGGGGCCGCUUCAAGACCGUGGAGGAUGGAGAUGUGUACCGCCUGACCAUCUAUGAUUUAACACUGGAGGACAGUGGCCAAUACAUGUGCCGAGCCAAAAACAACGUCGGGGAAGCUUAUGCUGCCGUCACCCUCAAAGUGGCCCUGCCAGCAGAAAUGGCUCAGAGGGCCCCUGUAUUCACGGUUAAGCCUACCUCUACACGUGUAGGUUUGGGAGGAGAUGUUGUUUUCCACUGCCGAGUUGCAGCUUACCCUGACGCCAACUUUGAUUGGGAAAAAGACGGGCGCUACUUGGGGGAGUCGAACCGUAUCAAGAUAGUUUCUGACAGUGACAGCAGCACCUUAAAGAUCCAAAGUGUGCGUAACCUGGACAGCGGCACCUACACCUGCAGGGCCCAGAACACUGUUGGCCGUUCACAGGCUGCAGCAGCUCUUGUUGUAGAUGCCCAGGAUUCCCACCACCUGUCUGGAGACAAAAACACUUCCCUGCUUUCUCACCUACAAAAGCGCAAGGAGGAAAUGAAGAAGGACAUCUCGAUAUAUCGCACUGAAGAAAGCAGAUCCUCUGUUACCUCCUCCACCACAGCUAACAUCACAGAUGGUUUGAGUCUGGAAUAUGAGCUGAGGGCAUCUGCUCUUGCAAAGCUGCCCAAAGGUGUGUUCACCCGUACCUGCACAGUGACUGAAGGCAAACAUGCCAAACUCAGCUGCUUUGUAACGGGUCACCCUAAACCGCACAUUAUCUGGAGGAAGGAUGGAACAAACAUCAGCGAAGGCCGCAGGCACGUCAUUUAUGAGGACCAAGCUGAGAACUUCAUCCUCAAGAUCCUGUACUGCAAGCAGACCGAUAAUGGUCUCUACACCUGCAAUGCAACCAAUUUGGCUGGGCAGACCUACAGUGCUGUGUUGGUAACAGUCAAAGAGCCUGCAGUGCCAUUCAGGAGGAAGCUGAAGGAUGUGGAGGUCCAAGAGAAAAUGUCAGCCACAAUGAUGUGUGAGGUGCCCGUUACUUCCACCCAAGCCAGCUGGUUCAUGGAGGAGACGCGGCUGCAGCAAAGCAGCAAAUAUAACAUGGAGGAGGAAGGGACCCUGCGUCGUCUCACCAUACACAAUGUCACCACCAAUGAUGAUGGUGUUUAUAUUUGUGAGAUGAAAGAGGGCAGUCGCACUGUGGCUGAGCUCACUGUCCUGGGCAACAUUACCAAGAAGCUUCCCCGCAGGACAGUGGUUCCUGUCAGUGACACUGUUAUCUUCUGUGUGGAGCUGGAGCAUCCCAUCCCAGAUGUCUACUGGACCCGCAAUGGCGAGAAACUGAAGGAGGAUUCCCGUAUUUCCAUUGCCUGCGUGCUCAGGCAGUACACACUCACAAUUAGAGACUGCCAGGCAGAUGACUCAGGAGAGGUGGCCUUUGUAGCUGGAGACUGCAAGACAUCCACUCGAUUCACUGUCACUGCUGCCAGGAAACAUCCACCCGAUCCCCCAGUCGACGCAGUGGUGCAGAACAAGACUGACUCAUCCAUCACUAUCCGGUGGUCUCCUCCUGACAGCGACCGCCCUGUCCCCAUCAAGGGCUACAUUGUGGAGAGGAGGAAGGUUGGCACUCAGACAUGGCAGAGGUGCAACCCUGGGGAAACCAUUGUCUCAACAGAGAUCAUCAUCUGCAACUUCACAGAAGAAGCCACCUACCAGUUCCGUAUCUCUGCUAUGAAUGACUUUGGCCAGAGUCCUUACCUGGAGGUGCCUGGAACCUUCUACCUAGAACCCAGUGCUGAAAUCAGGAGAGGCCUGACAAACUCUGCUGCAGUCUCUGGUGAGGAGUUCUCGAUCUCUGUGGAGCUGUCUGCUGUUUGCUCCGGCUUCUGGUCUCUAAACGGCCGCCUCCUGCGCAGUGGAGCCGACUACCUCAUCACCAGGUCCAAGAACACACACACUCUGCUCAUCCGUGUCGUCACCAUGGAAAUGAACGGAAAUGAGAUCAAGUUUGUGGGUGGAGGCUCGCAAAGCAGUUGCAUCCUGUCUGUGAAGGUUCCUCCUGUUAGGUUCACCAACAAGUCAGACGUAUCGGAGGUGGUGACCUGCAGUGCCCAAGCCACUGCUCAGUUGACUGCUGAGGUGUCAGAUUACGAUGCACAGGUGGUUUGGAUGAGGAAUGGACGGGAGUUGAAAACUGGAAAGAAGUAUGAAUAUAUGUUCACUGACCGCAAGAGGAUCCUUAUGAUACACAACGUCACAGAGGAAGACGUGGGCAUCUACGAGUGUGUUUUAGCUGAUGACAGAAUGUCCAUCCAACUCAGUCUUAAAGAUGAACCGGCCAAGUUUUUGAACAAAACCAGAGGUCCCAUGGGAUUGGCAUCGUCCCUUAAAGGAGAUCUUGAGCUGAGCUGCGAGGUAUCUCCCGCCAGUGCGGUCGUUGUGUGGAAAAAAGAUCAAGUGAAGAUCAUUGAGGACCAAAGAACUACCUUCAUCUCCAAAGGGACUCAAAGGAAACUCAUCAUCAGGAAUGCCAAGAAAAGUGACGAAGGACAUUAUUCAUGUGAGACAGAAACAGACAAAGUCACAUUCCAGGUCAAGAUUAAAGAAACUCAAGCUGUAGCUGUGUUCUCCAACAAGGAGUCAGUCCAGAAGGAGGUGAAAGCUACUCUCUCCCAGAAAGCCACUCUUAGUUGCAAUGUUUCAGACAGCAAGACAGAGGUGAAAUGGUAUAAAGACGGCAAGGUGUUGAUAUCCAGCAGGACGAUAUACUCAGAAGUAAAAGGCAACACUCGUCAGCUGGUGAUUGAAAAGGUGGAGAAGGGCGAUGCUGGAGAGUAUACAUGUGAAGCCGGAGGGGAGAAGCUGGCCUUCAGGUUAUUUGUGUCAGAUUUUCAGUCAGCAUUCUUCAACAAGGAGUCAGUCCAGAAGGAGGUGAAAGCCACUCUGUCUCAGAAAGCCUCCCUGAGCUGUGACGUAGCUGAUACCAAGACAGAGGUGAAAUGGUACAAGGAUGGCAAGCUGCUGACUCCCAGCAAGACAAUACACACAGAGUCGAAGGGUAAAAGUCGCCUGCUGGUGAUCGAAAGUUUGGAGAGGAAGGAUGCUGGAGAAUACACGUGUGAAGCCGGGACUGAGAAGCUGGUCUUUAAAAUGCAGGUGGAAGGUACUACUACAGAAGUCCAAGCUAAAUCUGCUUUCUGCAACAAAGAGUCUGUCCAGAGGGAAGUGAAAGCCACUCUCUCCCAGAAGGCCACUCUAAGCUGCGAGGUAGUCGAUAACAAGACAGAAGUGAAAUGGUACAAGGACGGCAAACUGCUGAGUGCCAGCAGAGCAGUUCACAUGGAGUCAAAGGGCAAGAUUCGCCAACUGGUGAUCGACAGUGUGGAGAAGAAAGAUGCAGGAGAAUACAUCUGUGAAGUUGGAACUGAAAAACUGGCAUAUAAAUUGCAAGUGACAGAGAUCCAACUCACGUCAGCCUUCUCCAACAAGGAGUCAGUCCAGAGGGAGGUGAGAGCCACUCUCUCUCAGAAAGCCAUUCUGAGCUGUGAGGUAGCUGAUACUAAGACAGAGGUGAAAUGGUACAAGGAUGGCAAGCUGCUGACUUCCAGCAAGACAAUCCAUACUGAGACGAAGGGCAAGAGUCGCCAGCUGGUGAUCGACAGUGUGGAGAGGAAGGAUGCUGGAGAGUACAUCUGUGAAGCCGGGACUGAGAAGCUGGCUUUUAAGAUACAUGUGGCAGAAGCCCAAGCUGGCUUCUCCAACAAGGAGUCUGUCCAGAGGGAGUUGAAAGCUACUCUCUCUCAGAAAGCCACUCUUAGCUGUGAGGUUUCUGAUUCCAAGACAGAGGUGAAAUGGUACAAGGAUGGCAAGCUGCUGACUCCCAGCAAAGCAGUCCACAUGGAGACAAAGGGCAAGGGUCGUGAGCUGGUGAUAGAAAAAAUGGAGAAAAAAGAUGCUGGAGAGUACACGUGUGAGGCUGGAACAGAGAAGCUGGUCUUUAAGCUGCAGGUGACAGAUGCAGCUGUCAAGUUCCAGAAGAAGACUGUCAAGGACACAUGUGCUGUUCAAGCAAGUGAAAAAGUUGUUUUGACCACCGAGCUGACCUCAGAGAGCGGUAGUGUGAAGUGGUUUAGAGAUGGUGUGGAGCUCAGGGAGGGCAGCAAGUAUGAAAUGAAAAAAGAUGGCCUUUCUCGUACUCUGAUAGUGAAAUCCACCGAAUCCAAAGACAGUGGAACAUACACCUGUCAAACUGCUGACGACAAACUGGAGUUCAAAGUUCAAGUUAAAGAUUCAGCUUUGAAGUUUGUUGUCCCUUUGAAACCUGCUGCAGUGGAGUUGGGAGGUACACUUAGCCUGAUGUGUGAACUAAAUCAAGCCUCAGGGGAUGUUGUCUGGCAGCGUAAUGGUCGUGAGAUUAAACCUGGGGGCAGGCACUGUAUCAGGACAGAUGGUGCUAAGCGGGUUCUCACUGUGACUGGCAUGACUAAAGAAGAUGAAGGAGAAUACAGCUGUGAAUGUAGAAAUGACAAGACCUCUGCUAAAGUAUCAUCAAGAGCACCCAGACUGGUGAGGCUGACCUCCAAACUGAACAAUGUGGCUGCAAUGGAGGGAAAAGACGCCAUUUUCAAGUGCGCUGUCAACCCAGCGGACGUUAAUGUUAAUUGGUUCCACAACAGUGUACCUGUCACUGCUGGGCCCAAGUAUAAGAUUGAACGUGGUGGUGGCAGUCACUCGCUCACCAUCACCUCUGUCACCCAAAAAGAUGCUGGAGAGAUUAGCAUCGAUGCAGAAGGCAAAACCUGCCAAGCUACCCUACAAGUGCAGCAUGAACCUGUGACAUUUAAGAAGAAGCUAGAAAACCUGACAGUGGAGGAGCAGAGUGAAGUGAAGCUGGAGGUGGAGCUCAGUAAACCAUCAGAUGAAGUGAAGUGGAUGAAGAACAGCGUAGUGCUGCAGCCCACAGGAAACAUGGAGAUCCGGGUAGACAAAGCUAAGCAGGCUUUGGUCUUCAAGAGUGUGACAUACGCUGACCGGGGCAUCUACUCCUGUGAAACUCUGGAUGACAAAACCCAGGCCAAGCUCAAUGUGGAGAUGAAGAAGAUCCAGGUAAUAAAGGGCCUAACAGAAACCAAGGCACAUGAGACAGAGACAGUAACUCUUGAAGUAGAACUCAGUCAGGCUGACGUUGAAGGCUUCUGGACCAGGGAUGGGAUCAAGUUGAAAUCAGGGGUGUACUGCCGCAUCACAGCUCUGGGAAAAAAGCACGCCUUAACAUUGUCCAGUCUCAAGAGGGAGGAUGCAGGGACUAUUACCUUCCAAGCUGAAGGAGUACAUAAUUCUUGCAAAUUGAUUGUCACAGAACCUCCUGCUAUGAUCUCCAAGCCCAUUAUGGAUAUGAGUGUUCCUGAGAAGGAGAAGGUAACUUUUGAAUGCGAAGUGUCCAGAACAAAUGCAGAUGUCAAAUGGUUCAAGGAUGAUGUGGAACUGAAACCAGGGAAGAACUUUGGCAUGCACUCCUUGGGCCGAAAGCGCAGUUUGGUCAUCAACAAAUGCACCCCUGAAGAUGCAGGCACAUACAUCUGCCGUACUCCUGAUGAUAACACCGCCGCCAAGCUCACUGUUCAUGCCAGAGAUAUUAAGAUUGUGAAGACGCUGAAGGAUGUGGAAGUGAUGGAGAAGGAGAGUGCUUCAUUUGUCUGUGAAAUCUCACAUGAUGAAGUGGACUGCCAGUGGUUCAAAGGAGGUGUCAAAGUCAAAGUCAGUGACAACAUCAAGAUGAGACAAGAUGGCAGAACCUACGUGCUGCUGUUUAGGUCUGUCACCCCAGAGGACAUGGGUGAGAUUAAAUUCACAGCCGACAAGGCUUCUUCAACUGCAAAACUUAAAGUGAAAGAACUGCCUGUCAAGUUUGUGAAGAGGCUCAGGGAUAAGAUAGCGAUGUAUAAGCAUCGUGGUCAUCUUGAAUGCCAAGUGUCACGCACCAGCGCAAAGGUGAAGUGGUACAAGAGCAAGACGGAGAUCAAACACGGCAAGAAGUACGAGAUCAAAAGUGAAGACGUGUACAGAAAGCUCACCAUCAAUGAUGUGGACUCCGAGGAUGAAGACACCUAUACUUGUGAUGCCAUUGAUGACAAGACAUCCUGUAAACUACUUGUGGAAGAGCAGUCCAUCAGCAUUGUACGGGAGCUUAGUUCGGUAGAAGUGACCGAACCCUUUGCAGCUGUUUUUGAAGUUGAAAUCAGUAUGGAACUGGUGAAACCUCCUAUAUGGACUCUGAAUGGAGUUGCUGUGCAGGAGAGUGUUGAUGUUGAAAUGGAGAAAGAGGGAACUCUGCACCGUCUCACUUUCAAAAAGACCAAAACAUCAAUGACAGGACCUGUGCAGUUUACAGCUGGGAAGAGCAAAUCUUUAACCCAGCUCACAGUCAAAGAGCGUCCGCUUGAGAUUGCAGAGCCCAUGAAAGAUGUGAAAGCUAAGGAGAAAAGCUCUGCUAUACUCAGCUGCAAAUUUUCUGUUGCACCCAAAGAGGUUCAUUGGUUCAAAGGUCAGGUACCUCUAGCGGCGUCAGACAAGUAUAACAUGAAGCAAGAUGCUACAAGGGCUCAACUGACCAUUCACAAGCUGACUGAAGAAGACAGUGGAGAGUACCGCUGUCAGUCUGGACCUGCUGAGACCAAAGGCAAACUUACUAUUGAAGUGCGUGAAAUCAAGAUCACUAAGCACUUGGCAAACGCAGAGGUUGAUGAAGACAGCGACGCACUGUUCACAUGUGAGAUUAACUAUCCAGAUGAAGAGGUACAGUGGCUUCUGAAUGACAAGGUGCUCUUCACAAAUGAGGUCAACACCAUCACCCAUGAUGGGAAGGUUCACACGCUCAAACUGAAGAACUUGGCACCUCAGGAUGGGGGGACUAUCACUUUUCAAGUCCGCAAGGUGAAAGAGUCUGUGACACUUAAGGUUAAAGAGAAGCGUGCUGUGUUCCUCAAGUCCUUAGAUGAUGUCAUUGGAGAGGAGAAAGGCAUGAUAACUCUGGCGUGUGAGGCGUCCAAGCCCAGGGUUUCUCCCACAUGGAGAAAAGAAGGUAAAGUCUUGAAGGCUGGAUCAAAGUACGAGCUCCUUCACACGGGCAAGUCUUUGGGGCUGAUCAUCAAAGACGUCACCAAAGAAGAUGCUGGAGAGUACAGUUGUGAUCUUGGAACUGAGGUUUCUAAAGCAAAGGUCACUGUAAGAGAAAUUGGCAUUGGAAUUACCAAAUGGCUGAAGUCAGCUGAGGUGAACGAGGGAGAGACAUGUAGCUUUGAGUGCAUCUUAUCUCGUGAGAGCACAGACGAGUGUUCCUGGACUCUCAACGGCCGCACUAUUACUGAUGGAGGCCGCUUCAAAAUCACCAGUAAAGGACGCAAGUACAUGCUGACCAUUAAGGAUGUCACUCCUGCUGAUGCUGGAGAGGUGGUAUUCAACAUUAAAGACCUGAGCUCCAAAACAACAUUAACAGUUGAAGGAAAAGCUUCAUCUGUGUCAAAGGGACUACAGAAUGUUAAAGCUGAUCGUGGGGAAGAUGCUGUUUUUAUCUGUGAGGUGACACAGGCUAGUUCCACUGUAAAGUGGGCCAAGGAGGGCAAAGCCAUCAAAAAGAGCCAGAAGUAUGGCAUCACCCAAGAGGGCAGGGUUAUGAAGUUGACAAUCCAUAAUGUCUCUGCUCAAGACUCUGGAGAGUACAGUUGUGAAGUUGUUGGAGGUGCAACCACUAAAGCCAAGCUGGAAAUCAAGGAGCCAAUUCACGAAUUCACCAAACUGCUAAAGGACAGCCAAGCAGUGGAGAAGAGCUCUGUGACCCUGCAGUGUGAGACUGCACAAACUCCAUCCACUGUGAUCUGGCUUAAAGGUCACACAGAGCUCAAGGCUGGAGGUCGAUAUGAGAUGUCCCAGAAGGAGGGGGUCUUAACUCUCACCAUCAAACACCUGGAGGAGAAAGACACCGAUAUCUACACUUGUGACGUGGGCACAGCCAAGGGCAUGGCAAAGGUGACAGUCAACGCCCUGCCUGCCACUUUUCAAGAGAUGCUCAAGACCCAGGAGAAAAAGGAGGGGGAGACUGCGACGCUUUGCUGCAAGUUAUCCAAACCUGUGGACAGUGUUCAGUGGAAGAAAGGCUCUGAAGUUCUUCAAGCUGGAAAGAAGUAUGAGAUGAAGCUGGAGGAGAUCCGAUGUGAGCUUCAGAUUAAGAAUCUAGAGGUUGAAGAUAAUGGAGAGUAUUCUUGCGUGUGUGGAGACCAGAAGACUUCUGCAACAGUGAAAGUCAAUGCAUUGCCGCCAACCUAUAUAAAGAAGCUGGAGAGCCAGGAGGCUGAGGAGGGAGCCAGUGUUACUCUGCACUGUGAGCUCUCUAAACCUGGAGUCCCAGUGGAGUGGAAGAAGGGAACACAGGUCCUGACGUCUGGAGAAAAGUACCAGAUGAAGCAGAAGGCCUCUGUGACUGAACUGGUGAUCAACAAAGUGGUGCCAGAAGACAGUGGAGACUACAGCUGUGUGUGUGGAGACCAGAAGACCACAGCCAGCCUCAAGAUCAAGGCCCAACCAGUGACCUUCAGAGAGAAGCUGGAGAGCCAGGAGGCUGAGGAGGGAGCCAGUGUUACUCUGCACUGUGAGCUCUCUAAACCUGGAGUCCCAGUGGAGUGGAAGAAGGGAACACAGGUGCUGACGUCUGGAGAAAAGUACCAGAUGAAGCAGAAGGCCUCUGUGACUGAACUGGUGAUCAACAAAGUGGUGCCAGAAGACAGUGGAGACUACAGCUGUGUGUGUGGAGACCAGAAGACCACAGCCAGCAUCAAGAUCAAGGCCCAACCAGUGACCUUCAGACAGAAGCUGGAGAGCCAGGAGGCUGAGGAGGGAGCCAGUGUUACUCUGCACUGUGAGCUCUCUAAACCUGGAGUCCCAGUGGAGUGGAAGAAGGGAACACAGGUCCUGACGUCUGGAGAAAAGUACCAGAUGAAGCAGAAGGCCUCUGUGACUGAACUGGUGAUCAACAAAGUGGUGCCAGAAGACAGUGGAGACUACAGCUGUGUGUGUGGAGACCAGAAGACCACAGCCAGCCUCAAGAUCAAGGCCCAACCAGUGACCUUCAGACAGAAGCUGGAGAGCCAGGAGGCUGAGGAGGGAGCCAGUGUUACUCUGCACUGUGAGCUCUCUAAACCUGGAGUCCCAGUGGAGUGGAAGAAGGGAACACAGGUCCUGACGUCUGGAGAAAAGUACCAGAUGAAGCAGAAGGCCUCUGUGACUGAACUGGUGAUCAACAAAGUGGUGCCAGAAGACAGUGGAGACUACAGCUGUGUGUGUGGAGACCAGAAGACCACAGCCAGCAUCAAGAUCAAGGCCCAACCAGUGACCUUCAGACAGAAGCUGGAGAGCCAGGAGGCUGAGGAGGGAGCCAGUGUUACUCUGCACUGUGAGCUCUCUAAACCUGGAGUCCCAGUGGAGUGGAAGAAGGGAACACAGGUCCUGACGUCUGGAGAAAAGUACCAGAUGAAGCAGAAGGCCUCUGUGACUGAACUGGUGAUCAACAAAGUGGUGCCAGAAGACAGUGGAGACUACAGCUGUGUGUGUGGAGACCAGAAGACCACAGCCUGCAUCAAGAUCAAGGCUCUGAAGCUGGCAGCCCCUCCUUCAGCCACUAAACGGGAAGCUAAGAGGCAAGAGACCAGAGAAACUAUGGAAGCCAAGACCCCUGAAGCUCCUUCCGUAGCAACUAAAGACAAGCAGAAGAGGCAACAGAUAUAUGAGACAGUAGAAGCUGUGACACUGCCAACUACUGAACAGACUCCCAAACAGCAGCUCCUCAAACAGGAGAUUCAGAGAGAUAUUCAACAGCUCAAAGAGGGAGGUGAAGCUGUGACACUGCCAACUGCUGGACAGAUUGCUAAACAGCAGCUCCUCAAACAGGAGAUUCAGAGAGACUCUGGAGAGCUCAAAGUGGGAGGUGAAGCUGUGACACUGCCAACUGCUGGACAGAUUGCUAAACAGCAGCUCCUCAAACAGGAGAUUCAGAGAGACUCUGGAGAGCUCAAAGUGGGAGGUGAAGCUGUGACACUGCCAACUACAUCUAAACAGCAGCUCCUCAAACAGGAGAUUCAGAGAAACUCUGGAGAGCUCAAAGUGGGAGGUGAAGCUGUGACACUGCCAACUGCUGGACAGAUUGCUAAACAGCAGCUCCUCAAACAGGAGAUUCAGAGAGAUGCUGGAGAGCUCAAAGUGGGAGGUGAAGUUGAAAAGACUACUGCUGGAAUAGCUGCAGAACAAGAUACACAGAGGCAUUGGACCAAAGAGUCACUGGAAGCAGUGAGGCCUCUCGAUACUCCAGCAGCUGUGACACUACCCUCUAGGGAUUCCAAAAAAGUGGUGGAAGUUGCAGCAGAGGAGUCAGCAGCUUCAGCAGUGAUCUCCAAAGUUGAACCUGAGAAGCAGGAAUUCAAAAAGAGAGUUGAAGAGAUUGAAAAGCCUGCCGUUUCUGAUGUCAUCCCAAAGCCAGAGCCUGCAAAGCUGGAUACUGAAGUGAAAGGACAAGUCCUUCAAGUCAAAGUCGUUCGAAACCUGGAGAGCCAGGAGGCUGAGGAGGGAGAUAGUGUCACUCUGCACUGUGAGCUUUCUAAACCUGGACUGCCCAUCGAGUGGAAGAAGGAAGCUCAAGUAUUGAGUUGUGGUGAAAAGUACCAAAUGAAACAAACAGGCUUCAGUUAUGAGCUACAGAUCUUUGAUUUGAGACCUGGAGACACGGGAAGCUACUCAUGCUGUUCAAAGGACGCAAUAACUUCAGCAUCUCUUGUAGUAAAUGCUUCCCCAGUUAUUUUCACAAAAGAGCUGGAAAGCCAAACGGCUGAUGAGGGGGACAGUGUGACGCUGCACUGUGAGCUUUCUAAACCCGGUGUUCCUUUGGAGUGGAGGAAAGGAGAACUUGGUCUUUGUCCUUGUGCCAAGUAUGAUAUUAGACAAACAGGACACCUGGCUACAUUAAUAAUCCAUGAUUUAGACCCAGAGGAUGCUGGGUGUUACACAUGUGACACUGGUGACCUUCAAAGCACUGCACAACUAGCUGUGAAGGCCCAGCCUGUCCUUUUCAAAAUCCAGCUGCAAAACCGUGAACUACAGGAAGGAGACAGUGCUUGUCUCCGCUGUGAGACCACAAAGCCGGGAGCCAGUGUGGUCUGGAGGUGUGGUGACAGGGUGCUGGCUUCCAACAGCAAGUAUCACCUGAAACAGGAAGGAACUACAGUCGAGCUUGUCAUCUAUAAACUGCAGGGAGCCGACUCAGGAGAAUACUCCUGUGAUACAGGCAGCCAGAGGACUUCAGCUGUCCUCACUGUGCAGGAGGUCGAGGUCAACAUACUGAAAUUCUUGGAGAGCUGCGUUGUUUACGAGGGUGAAGAUGUCCGCUUUGAGUGUCGGGUUUCCCAUGAAGAGGCACCUCUGGCCCAGUGGAAACUCCAGGAUGUCCCUCUGCAGAAUAACGAAAUGAACCUGAUCAAGUCUGAGGGCCGGGUACACAGCCUCACUCUCAGGGGCGUCACCACAGCUGACUCAGGAAUAGUUACGUUCUCAGUGGGUAACCACACUUCCACUGCUUCUCUGACAGUCAGAGCAGCUGCACCUGCACUAUUCAAGAAGGAGCUGGAAAGUCAAGAGGCCACCGAGGGAGAUAAGGCCACCCUGUCCUGUGAGACAUCCAACCCUGAUUGCAAGGUGACCUGGCUGAAGGGCUCAACUGUGCUCACCCAUGGGGAGAAGUACACUUUGGAGCAGAGAGCUACCACUCACAACCUGGUUAUACACAAGCUGAAUCUGAAGGAUAGCGGAGAAUAUACCUGUGAUACAGGGGACAAGAAAAGUACAGCUACCCUGACUGUGAAAGAGCGUGUGCGUGUCAUCCGAGAACUCUGCGAUACCACUGUGAUCACUGGGCAGGAUGCUGUCUUUGAGGUUGAGUUGUCACACUCAGGCGUGACAAACGGGGAAUGGUGGCUUGGAGACAACCUCCUCCAAAAUAAUGAUCUAAAUCAAAUGAGCAGCCAGGGCAGAGUGCACCGUUUGGUCCUGAAGAUGGUGACCACAGAUGAAUCAGGCGAUGUUGCCUUCGUGGUGGGAGAAGAGAAGAGUGUGGCCUGUCUUCUUGUGGAGGAGAAGCCCAAAGUGUUAAUACUAGAGAAGCCACACAACACUGUGGCAGUAGAGGGUGAAACUGUCACUCUGGCCUGCACCAUCUCUGACGCCAAGGGCACUGUCACCUGGAAGAGAAACAACGUGGCCAUCCACGCAGGUCUCAAGUAUGACCUGAGGAACAACGGAGCAUUCCACCAGCUUCAUAUCCACAACCUGCUGCCUGAGGACUCAGGGAUAUACACCUGUGACACAGGAGAUGCACAGUGUGACGUCACCUUGACUGUGCAAGGUGCCCCAGUGUCCUUCCACAAAGAGCUGAAGAACCAGGAUGCCGUAGAGGGUGAUGAUGUUACUCUGCAGUGUGAGCUGUCGAAGCCAGGUGUUCGUGUUGAGUGGAGGAAAGGAGGCAUGGUCCUCCAGCCUGGUUUGAAGUUUGAGAUGAGGCAGGAAGGGUGCAUUCAAGAGCUCUGUAUACGGAACCUGGAGCCUGACGACAGUGGCUACUACACCUGUGAUGCGGGAGACCAGCUCACCACAGCUUCUUUGGCAGUGCAAGUGAAAGAAGUCUUCAUUGUGCAUGGUCUUAAGACCACUGACGUCUUUGUUGGGGAAUGGGCAACCUUCUCCUGUCAGCUGUCUGGUAGGGCACCAGGCAAGGUGCAUUGGUGGCUGGAUGGCACCUUGCUGGAGAACAGCCCCUUUAGUGAGAUAGGGCUGAGCCAGGGACACAUCCACACACUCACCUUAAAGAACCUGGCCACAGAUGACUCUGGCACUGUCACGUUUCAAGCUGGGAGUUUGACAUCAACAGCCAAGCUCUUAGUCAAAGAUCCCACAGUUGAAGUGGUGAGCGAGAUGGAGGACAUUCGGGUGCUCGAAAACCAACCGGCUGAGUUCAUCUGCCAGUUCUCAAGGCCGGUCAAGGCUCAGUGGAAGAGAGAUGGGCAGCCGUUACAGCCUGAUGGCCGAAGGGUGGUAGUAGAGCAGGACUGGAAUGUGGCUCGCUUGUUCAUAAGCCGUGUGUCUGCUCAAGACAGGGGCACAUACUCCUGUGAGGCAGAGGGGACCUGUGCGGUCGCUUCACUCUAUGUGGAAGGCAAACCCAUUGACAUUGUCCAGGGCCUGGAGAAUGUAGAAACCAUUGAUGGAGGUGAAGCGUUGUUUGAGUGUGCCCUCUCUCGUCCAGAGAGCAAAGAUUUCCGCUGGCUCCUUGAUGGGAAACCAGUUAAGGAAUCCCCUAAUGCUGAGAUUGUGACAUUUGAGAGCGGCCGUCGUCAUCUGCUCCUUUUGAAAGAGUUGCGAGUGACAGACAGUUGCACAGUGACCUUCAAAGCUGGCACAGCAUCAACAUCUGCCCAACUCUCUGUCAAAGGUUGGCAGCUGGAUGUUGUGAAGGGUCUGGAGGACAAGGUGGCUGCAGUGGGAGAGAAGGUUGAGUUUUGUGUUGAGCUCACCGAGCAUGUCCCUGCAACAGAAGUAACCUGGUAUGCUAAUGGAGUUGAGCUGAAGUCCAGUGACCUCUGGGCUACGAGGGUUGACGGCUGUGUGUAUCGUCUUGUCCUGAGACAGGCGCCUCUUUUGCCACAGCAGGAAAUUACAUUUGCUGCUAGAGAUGCUCUCUCUUUGGCCAAACUCACCAUCGUCACUGUACCUGAUCCUCCAGAGGACCCAGAGGUCCUCAGUAAGACUGAAAAGUCUGUCACCCUCUCUUGGUUCACUCCUCUACAUGACGGAGGGAGUCCCAUUCUUGGCUACAGGGUGGAGAUGCGGCUGGUAGACAGUGCCCUUUGGCUCCCAUGUCAUUCUGAACCUGUGUGCAACACAGAGUUUGUGGUUGGAAAUCUAAUCUUGGGGAGUGGAUACAGGUUUAGAGUGGCAGCCAUCAACAGAGCUGGGAUUGGAGAGCCUGUUGAGUUGCCCCAGACUGUGCAGCUUGAGGCACCAAGGCAGCCAUUGAUUUCCCCAGGUAAAGUGGCAAAACAGGUAGAGACUGAGGUGAUGGGGCAGCCCAGUCUGCCUCCAGAAGCUGCUGAAGAAGGUGACCUCCAUGAGCUGUGGGAGGAAUCAGCCAAGAAACGGCGCAUGAGUCGAGAACCCACUCUGGACUCCAUCACUGAACAGACUGAGGAGGACAGUAAAGGUGGUCAGAAGAAAUCAGAACAGAAAGAGCUGAAGGCCUCAGAGAAAGUGGAAGUAACAUCAGUAGAGAAGGAGCAGGCCAUCGUGUCCAAGAAGCAGACAGAGUCCAAAAUGUACACCAGCUCUGAGGAUGAGUCUGUUCCUGGGGGUCCAUCGCUUGUCACCUACCUCAAGAAGAGCAGCAAGUCUGGUGUCACAGCGACCACUGAGGGAGAGGCUAUGACUACUGAGAGGUUCUUUGCACAUUUCCAGAUGGCAGAGCAGAGAACAGUGCAUCUAACAACCACCGUUCAACAGACAGGUGAAACACAAGUGACGACAGAGGAGACCAGUAUCAUGGAGAUCAGUAAAGAGGAAGAGCCUGAGCUCAGAGAUGCUGCCAUUAAGAUUCAAGCUGCAUUCAAGGGCUACAAAGCCCGCAAGGACAUGCGCCCUGUCUUCAAAGAGGUCUUCAAAGACCAGACCAAGGAGCCCGGUGGCACCAUACAUCUAGAAUGUGUGGCAGAAGGUAAACCUGAUAAGGUGCGCUGGCUGAAGGAUGGAGAACCACUGAUGGAUGGCAAGCACCACCACAUUGAUAUCUACAACGAUGGUACUUGCUCACUGGUCAUCACUGCUAUCACUACAAAGGAUACAGGAGUUUACACUUGUGAGGUCACCAACAAGUUUGGAGUCAACUCUCACAGUGGUAAAGUCACAGUAGGAACAGCGAGAGAAUCUUCCGGGCGACGGCCACUGACCGUGGGCUACAGUGCAGACAGCGAGCCCGAUAGCUCCUCUGGAAGUGAGAUGGAUGAGUCACUGAGGCAGGCAAGCAGACGUCUACGGCGCCUUCUGCGCACACGCCUCCCACCAGAUGUUGAAGAAGAACCAUUUGUCAGCGCAGAUGAAGGAGACCUGCGGCCUCCAGAUCCUCACUCUUACCGUGAGGACGACACAUACAUCUACAUUCGCUUCAACUCACGGUCAGAGGCUGAGGUUGCCUCAACGAGGUUCCAGGAGAUGUUUACAAUCCAUGGAGUUCCUGUGGAGACCGCCAUCCUGGAGGCAGGGCCUCUCAAAGUGGAGCUCCGAAUUAGGAAGAUGGGCUACACGCAAGAUGGUACAGCGACCCCCACACAAGACAGACAGCCUCCUGCAUUUACGACUGGAGCCCCAGCUGCCCCAGUCUUCUUGACAGAGCUACAAAGUCAGGAUGUUCCAGAUGGUUAUCCAGUCAGCUUUGACUGUGUUGUGAUUGGCAAGCCCCCUCCCAUCGUUCGCUGGUAUAAGGACGGCAAACUGCUGGAGGAGAAUGACCAUUACAUGAUCAACGAAGAUCAGGAGGGCUGCCACCAACUCAUCAUUACCACUGUACUUCCAACUGACAUGGGUGUCUAUCGUUGCACAGCUGAAAACAGCAGCGGCAUCGCAGCCACAAAGGCCGAACUCAGGGUUGACAUGUCCUGCAGCUCGGAUUAUGACACUGCUGCUGAUGCCACUGAGACAUCUUCCUUUGUCAGUGCCAAGGGCUACAUGUCCAGGGAAACUGAGACAUUCGAGUCUGUAACUGAAGAUGAUCAGCUACCACAAGUUGUGGAAGAGCUUCAUGAUGUUCAUGUCAGUCCAGGUUCACCUAUUGCUAAGAUGCAGCUCAAAGUAAAGGGCUUCCCCAAACCCAGAGUGUACUGGUUUAAAGAUGGCCACCCUUUGCGACCUUCAGAAAGAAUUCUGUUGCUCGGAGAAAGAGAUGUUCAUGGUGUGGAGAUCCUGGAGGUGAAGAAAGAGGAUAUGGGGGAGUACUCUGCUUACAUCAGCAAUGCUGCUGGUUCUGCGUACUCCUCUGCCCGCCUGAUAGUUCUGAGUCCAGGGGAGAUUAUGCCACAAGAUAAAAGAGACCCCAAGGAGCCCCUGGUGCCACCCCGCUUCCUUGAAAGGUUCAGCAACAGGAAGGUGAAACAAGGAGCCAGCAUCACUCUGUCUGUCAAAGUAGAAGGCUCUCCCACUCCUAUGGUGUCCUGGCUAAAGGAGGAAUCAAUGGAAGAUGUCCUGUGGAUCAAGCCUGAUACCAAGGGAUACAAAAUAGCAAGCUCGGGGCGCCAGCAUAGCCUCAUCUUGAUGGAUGUGGGCACAGAAUACACCGGGGCUUAUACCUGCAUUGCCACAAAUAGAGCAGGACAGUCCAUCUGCACUGCCCACCUCGAGGUUGAUGAGACACCACAACCAAAGAAAGAGACCAAAACCUCAGAGGUUCUUGGAAUUACAGUUAGUCCUCCAGAAGAGGAGGCUGGCAAAGGAAAAGAGGGUAAAAUACCCUACCUAGGUGAAGUAGGUACAGAGGAAUUCCUCAUGAAACUCACCUCCCAGAUCACUGAAAUGGUGUCAGCGAAGAUUACCCAAGACAGCUUACAGAAUCAUGAAGUGCUCCAGUGGAUGAAAUCUUGGCCCAAAACUACCACUUCAUUACGCGUACCAGGUGUUGACAGUGAUGAUGAGACCAAGACCCCUUCUCCAUCACCGCAUCACGGUCGCUCUCGUCCUCCCUCCCUCAUCGCUGACUCCUCCUCUGAGUCUGAUGAGGGGGAUGCCAGGGGAGAGAUGUUUGACAUUUAUGUGGCAACAGCUGACUACAACCCCAUCACAGCAAGCAAAGAAUCAAUUUCUCUAAAGGAGGGACAGUAUGUUGAGGUCUUGGACUCAGCUCAUCCGCUCAAAUGGUUAGUCCGGACCAAACCCACCAAAACCACACCAUCCCGCCAAGGCUGGGUGUCACCUGCCUACCUGGACAAGAAACUUAAACUCUCUGCUGAUACAAGUGACCUUCCAGAGACAAGUGUAGAGGAGCUGUCCGAGGGUGAAUACAAGAGGAAAUUAUUCCAACUGAUCCAAGACCUGAUAAAUGGCGAAGCAGAGUUUGUAAAGGAGGUAGACUUCUUUACAACCCAUCACCUGAAGCAUGCAGAGAGCCCUGAUGCACCGCCUGAUGUCAGCAGCCAGAAGGAAGCAAUAUUCAGGAACAUUGAUGAUAUCAAGACCUUCCAUAGCAAGUCAUUCCUGCCAAAGUUGAACGACUGUGAAACGGAUGAUGAUGUAGCCAUGUGCUUCCUGAAGAACAAGGAGGGCUUUGAGAAGUACCUGCAGUAUCUCGUUGGUCAGGGUCUAGCUGAAUCUGCUAUCAGUGACAAGGCUGUUCACCACUUCUUCAAGGAGUACACUGAGAAAGUGCAAGCCAGCACAGACCCUUCAGAUCCCCCCAUACGCAGCAUAAACGCCAGCCUCCAACAACCACUGGACAGGAUUCAGAAGUACAAGGCCGUGCUGAAGGAGCUGAUUCGAAACAAGGCAAGAAAUGGUCAGAACUGCUGCCUAUUGGAAGAAGCUUACGCCAUGGUGUCUGCACUCCCUCAGCGCUCUGAGAAUAGUCACCAUGUCUCCAUGAUCGAGAACUAUCCUGCCACACUGGAAGUAUUAGGAGAGCCAAUCAGACAGGGACCCUUCCAAGUGUGGGAAGGGGCUCCAGGGAUUAGGACGUCCUCUAGAGGUCACCACCGCCACUGCUUCCUGUUCAAGAACUACUGUAUAAUCUGCAAACCCAAGAGAGACAGCAACACUGAUACACAAUCAUACGUCUUUAAGAACAUGAUGAAGUUGAAUAACAUUGAUGUGAAUGAGACAGUGGAGGGUGAUGACCGUGCCUUUGAGAUCUGGCACGAACGCGAGGACUCUGUGAGGAAGUACACCUUGCAGGCCCGAACCGUAACCAUCAAGAACUCCUGGCUGAGAGAUUUCAGAGAGCUUCAGCAGCGAUACAGCAUGCCUGCAUGGAGUCCUCCUGACUUUGAUGAAAUUCUGGCAAACUGCACAGCAGAGCUGGGACAGACUGUUAAACUGGCCUGCAAAGCCACUGGAGUACCAAAACCUACCAUCACCUGGUACAAGGAUGGACGCACUGUGGAGGCAGAUCCUCAUCACAUCAUCAUAGAGGACCCUGAUGGUUCCUGCACACUGAUCCUGGAUAACAUGACUGCAGAUGACUCUGGCCAGUACAUGUGCUUUGCCACAAGCUCAGCUGGUAAUGCCAGCACUCUGGGCAAGAUCACUGUUCAGGUGCCGCCUCGUUUUGUGAAUAAAAUGAGGAAUGCUGUAUUUGUCGCCGGCGAGGACACUCAGUUCACCUGCGUCAUACAGAGCGCCCCCCACCCAAAGAUCAGGUGGUUCAAGGACGGCAGGCUGCUGACUGACCAGGAAAAGUAUCAGACCUACAGCGAGCUCCGCAGUGGCGUUCUGGUUCUGGUAAUAAAGAACCUGACAGAGAGAGACCUGGGACACUACGAGUGCGAGUUGUCCAACCGUCUGGGCAGCGCCAAGUGUGCUGCUGAUUUGGUCCCACCCUCUGCUGUGGCUCGCUCUGGUGAGCAGGCCAUCACUAUUGAAGUUACUGAGCAGGAGACAAGAAUACCAAAGAAAACCAUCAUCAUAGAGGAGACUAUAACCACUGUGGUGAAGAACCCACGUAUGAGGAGGCACAGGUCCCCCGGCUUGACUCUCGCUGGAGCCCAACGCUCGGAGACUUCCACCCCAGAGCCCCCGACAACCAGGCUGAGGAGAAUGCCCACUCCAAGGAAGACCGUCCCAACUCUCUAUGUUACCGAGCCUCAAGGUGCUGAAGCCAGAGUCGUGGAGACCAAGCCCAGGUGGGUGGAGGUAGAGGAGGUCAUCGAGUAUAAGGUCAAUAAAUCUCCCAGGCUGCCCAGGAGGAGAGGCAUCUCACCUGCAGGGUCUGAUCGCGCAGCCACUCCCUCCAGACCCAAAAGGUCUCCACCGGAGAAUCCAAACGCUAACAAUUCCAACAAUAAGCUGGUGGAGCAGGCUCAGGCCCAGCUGCAGGGAGACGUCAGCAGCCAGCCGCUCUCCUGGGAGGAAGAGGAGGGCAAUGUUACCUCUGAUUCUGUCGCUGGGGUCGCUGAAGAGCCACAGGAGCUCUCAUCUGUCCUCGCUCCGGCUGGAGAGGACAGCGAGGACCUGGAUGAUGAGCAAACUAUCAUCUUUGAACCUGAUGAUGAAGAUGAUGAUCAUACCUCACUCGGAAAGCAGGAGCCUAAGAUUCUGACACAAGGAGGCCGUGUUCUGACCCUUGAAGACUUGGAGGAUUACGUCCCUGAGGAAGGAGAGACCUACGGCUCCUCCAGCGCUCACAACUCCGCUGCAGAAAAGCCCUGUGAAAUCUCUGUGCUCCAGAGGGAGAUCGGCGGCUCUACAGUGGGACAGCCGGUGCUCCUCAACGUGGGGCGGCCUGUUGUGGUCCCGAGGCAGAGGAGCGGCUUCUUUGGCCGUUUCAGGGAGCAUCUUUCCAGCAGCCUUUUCUCAUCUGCUGCCCCCCAAGCCAGCGGAGGCCGGUCCAGGACGGAAAGGCACGUCCCCAUCCAAGUGAGCCACGCAAAGCUGGAGGUGAAGCCGUCAUACUGCUCCGAGGUGCAGAGAGUCGAGGGCGGGCAGCAGAGCUUUAAAACCAAAGUGUCAACUCAGACCUACGGCUACACCUCAGUGGGCAACCCAGUCACUCUUCAAAUUAGUGAUUAUCAGAACCAGUAGUAGCAAAGAGUUUUAAUUUGGUACCACUAACCCUCUCAGUCUUAAAUGGGGACAUUUUUACUUGCAUGAUAGAUAAGACAUAUCCUGACCUGAAGUUACUGCAUUUAACAAACCAUUCCAUUGUGAAGCUGCCCGUCAGGAAACAGGCUCAUCCUCUGAGUCUUUUUCUUGACAAAUGGUUAGAGUCAGAUGGUCUGUCCAGACGAGACGAGUUGGAAAAUGUAGCUAUGAAUAUGUCACUGUGAGCACGUUUCAGUCUCAAACUGCUCCGUUACACCUGUUGUGUGUUGUACAAAACACACAGCGGACAGAAACCAAGAAAUUUGACAUUUUACGAAACAGUUUCAUCACGUUUCACUUAAACACGCCUUCACAUAAUCAUGAACCUUUGAGCUAACUGAUCCAGGCAUUAUCCUUAGCGAUGACUCCUGCUAUAUACGCAAACAAAUAGUUAUACAGUAUAUUUAGGUAUAUAUAUUUUUUCAGUUUUACUUUUGUACCUUUCAAAGAAUGUUACCUUUUGCACUUUUCAGUGCCUUAGAUUCCUGGAGCAACACAUGCUGGAGUUAAUGACUAUUAGUGAGGUCAUGUCUACAUGUUUCUAGUUCAGUAUUGCUAUAAGUUAAUUUAAAUAUGCAACACUGAUGAUGUAAAAAUGAACAACAGAACUUUGGUGACUGUUGUAGUCCAUGGGCUGUUGUUUAAUUAAAGAUGUGUGGUCAAAUUGUAGUCAGUUUGGCAAAAUCACAUAUAAGGUCUCUACUACUACUUUUGUUUGUGAAUGAUUUGUUGAUGAGCAUCUUACACAAGUAUGGCUUUUCUACAAGCUGAUCAUUUGCAAGGUGAACGUGUUUCACAUCAGAUCUCUGUGUUUGACUGCAUUUAUGCCAUUUAUUAUCGUGAAACAUGUUUCUACUAUGAAUUGAAUAAAACAUGCAGCUUUUUAGACAUUUUUGUGUCUGUUAAUGCAGUACAAUCACCUGUCAUUUUGCAGGAUAUCACAGGGACAGUCAUAUGUAAGUGAUAGAUAUUUAGAGUGAGUGACUGCAUGUAUUUGCUUUUCCAAAGCCAAUGUGUUUACCCAGAGUAUCCAGAUCUGUAAUGUUGUAUUUGAUUGCAAGGAAAUGUUUGUGCAAAGUACUUGAGCUCCCAGAAUGUACUACCUUCUCAGUUUAAAAAGUCACUAGAAUACAAUAACUGCCUCCUUAAAGAGUUGUGGUGUUUGUGUUGUUUUUAAAGGUCUUUUAGUCAGUUACAAGGAUCAUGUUAUGUAUUAAUAUUAAAGCACUAACAGAUUAUAAUUGCUUGUACUGUACAUGUGUCGUUUUUGGAAACUUGUUUGAGUACACAGUGUUAAUAAAUAGAUGUACUGCAAACAAU